AUGCCGCUUACGCCGCAGCAAGAGACAUGUCCAGGCGAAUUGCGCAAUGUCGUUACUUUUCUGCGCAACAAGGCCGGCAUGAAGCUCAAAGUCGGCGUACUCAACGGCAAACGGGUCGAUUACUUCAAAGGCAAGAACGCGGUCAAGGCAUUGACGUCGCCAGCGUACAUCAAGCUUAGAAACGUACCUGCACUCGCUUCAGAAGACGAAGCGAUCGCCCUGCUCGGCUCACUGAUACCGUACACGUUCUACCUUCGCGUCGAUGUAGGGCAAAAACUGCCUGUUCAGUCACCAGGUGCAUCAGCAGGAGGAUCAAGCGGUCCGACACCGAGAGCUUUGCAACUGAAUCAGCAGCAGCUCUUCCAGAAGGACCUCUGCUAUGCUUGGUUCUACGAGGGCAGUCAGCUCAAGCUCGUUCUGGGCGGCAUCGGAAUGGUGGCCGUCAUCCUGGCGGGCGUCAUGUUCCCGCUCUGGCCUACCAAAUUGAGAGUCGCGGUCUGGUACCUCUCCAUCGGUGUCCUGGGCCUCAUCGGACUCUUCUUCGCCAUCGCCAUCUUCCGGCUCAUCUUCUACGUCAUCACCUGGCUCACCGCCAAACCUGGCAUCUGGAUUUUCCCCAAGCUGUUCGACGACGUUGGAUUUGUGGAGAGCUUCAUUCCACUGUGGGAGUGGGAUCUGCCCAAGCAAAAGAAGAAGAGAAAGACCAAGGAGGAGGGCGGCGGACAGGAUGGCGAGGCGCGGCGGGCGAGAAAAGAAGCAAAGCGGCAAGCUCGCAUGACAGCUUCGCAUGGUCAUUCACACGGUAACGGCGGGGCGAAUGAGCCAGGUAGCUUGCAAGCUUCGAUCGAGGAAAUCGUCGAUAGCGAAUAG